AUGGCCUCCUACGGCUACCAACCCAAUCCGCCUCAACAAUCAACCUAUGCCGCACAGAAUAAUCUCAACUUCUACCAAUCAUCAUACGCACAACCGCCCGUCAGCGGCCACACCACACCAUUCCAAGCAGCAUAUGGCGGCGGCGCACAAAGCAGCGCUUAUCCACAGCAAGGCGGUUAUGGAGCCCCAAGCUCAGCCAACUAUGGCUUUGGAGCAUUCCCUGGUCAGCCAGGUGCAAGUGGACAGAUGGGAACCGGGCAGGGUGGGCUGAGGACGGGCUUGCUGGCAGCGUUUGGUACGGAAGGCUACGAAGGCGAGCCGCCGUUACUGGAGGAGCUCGGGGUGAACUUCGGGCAUAUCCAAAUGAAGACUCUAACAGUUCUCAACCCGUUGGCACGAAUAGAUCAGCACAUCAUGGACGAUUCCGAUUUGGCAGGCCCCUUCCUCUUUUGCGCCCUUUUCGGUACUUUCCUUCUACUUUCCGGCAAGCUGUGGUUUGGAUACGUCUGUGGUCUCGCGGCCUUAGGAGCCUUCAGCCUUAACUUCGUCUUCAGCAUGAUGUCUCCGCCACUGACGCAGGACGAGAUGGCGGCAGCGCAGAACCACCAAGGCGGUCAUUACGGGUCAAGCCAACUUAGCUCAACACUAACGCUGGGACGGUCAAGCUCUGUACUGGGAUACUGUCUCCUGCCGCUGGUGUUCGCGAGCUUGCUGGGCGUGGUGCUACCGCUGGACAGUAUAUUGGGUUACUGCUUGGUCAGCCUGGCGAUUGCGUGGUGCACUUACUCGAGCUCAGCGAUGUUCUGUGUCGUCGGGAGAAUGACGAACAUGCGAGGCCUAGUGGCGUAUCCACUCGCACUGUUUUACGUGGGCUUUGGCAUUAUGGCGAUCUUUAGCAGUAGAGGGACUGGGAGGAUGGACGCAAUGAAAGCAGGCGCAUGA